UGGAUCAAAAUACAAUUUACCAUCAUCUAUAACAUGGAACAAAAAUAUAUAAAUUCCCAUAAUUGCAAAAAAAUAAUUUAAAAAAGUUACAAUAUUUGAAAAUUCUAAACUAUUUUGUUAUAAUACAAGUACACAUGAUUAUCAGAAAAGUAAUGACAUUUCAAUGGAUAACGAUGAAAAAACUUUUCUUAAACACAAUUUAACAAAUAUUAUGAUAAAUUUUACAAAAAAAGAGAUAGAAAUGACUGAAAAAUUGUUAUUAUUGUAUAUAAAAGAUGUAGAAUAUAUAAAAAGAAAUAUUCAAGUUACCCUACACAUAACAAAGAAUUCAAAAUUUAAUUAUGAUACAAAGAAUCGAAUAGAAUAUAAUCAAUUACUUUGUCAUCAUGCAAUUCUAUGUUUAAUUGAACCAAGUAAAAAAGGUGCUGUUUUAAUUGAAGAUAAUUUACCAGUUAUUAUUAAAAAAUACCUUAUGCAUGGAUACAAAUACCAUUUUGAUUUUCAGAGGAGUUCAAAGAGUUAUUAUACAGCUGUACUUAUUUUGAGUCAAUCAGCUAAAGUUCUGGUUAAACAUAUAAACACAACUAUGAUGCAUACAAUUUGUGGUAUAUUAGGAUGUGAUGUGCAAGAAAUAUUAGUCUUAUAUAAUCCAAGAGAAAAAUGAUUCUAAAUAUUAUUUCUAAAUAUUAAUUUUAUAAAAAAAAAUCUAUAAAUAUAUAUUUAAUAUAAUAUACUGAAUAAAUAUAAAUUUAUUAAAUGAUA